AUGCAAGUGGAUCGUGGACCAUGGCGUAACCCACAUAAAUAUCUUGCAGCUAUUGGGAAACGAGAACUAGAAUGGACCAAGAGGUUCGGAAAGCCGCUUGAGAAGGACUUUCCUUAUAAACUCACUUCUACCGGGUGUGAUUCCCCCCCAGCGCAUAUUCUACUUUGCUUGAAAAAUAUCUCGCAAUCGCCCCUUUUCUCUUACCAAAUGACGCAGAAAGCCAUGGUAGUGCACCAACGCUGCGCCAUCCAGGUAUGUAUACUGCGGACAUCCAAAGCGCAAAGCUCGACGGAGGCUUACAAUGACAAAGAUCUUACCCCUAGCAACGUGUUUAUAUCACCGGAAACGUCUAAAAGCAGGAGGAUCAUUGACUGGCAACAUACGGUGAUUGUGCCUCGAUUACUAGCUUCUGGACAUCCUCGCCUAUUCGAAAACCCCGACGUCGAACUGCCACCGACAUUGGAUGCCCCUCAGCCUCCAGAUGGAUAUGAGUCACUGGAUCCUGAAACGAAAGCCCAGGUUGAUGAAUUACUCCGACGUCGAAACCUGUACUAUUUUUAUCGCGUGUUCAAUGGGGCGAAGAACCAGCUCCACCUGGCUGCUUGUGCUGAUCCACUACUUGAGCCACGCAAACAUCUUGUGGAUUAUGCCGGCCGUCAAGGGAAUGGCAACCUGAUGACCUUACGAGGCGCUCUUAUCUAG